CUGUGUUCCAUCCAAGUUCAUAAGCAUGCACUCCUCAUCUUUCUACCUCACCAAAACCUUCACGACACAUCACCACCUUGGAUUCCACCACUCUCUCUCUUCUACCCAUAAUUCCUUUCCCUCUCUUUCCUGCUCCUCUACCCUCCACAAACCAUGUUCUACAAGGGUCAUAUCCCAGACUCAGAAACCCAAUCAAAACAAGAGUGGUCCCAAAGAGGGUCUGAGGGUUAAGGGAAACAAGGAGAAUGUGUGGAGUAUUGACAACAAGGUAGCCAAGGUUGCUGCUGAGAAAGAGAAGGGGAGAGGGAGGAAGCAGAGAGGGAGAAGAAUGGUGAAGAGGAAGAGGCCCAAGGGUGGAAGAGUCAUUGUCUCUGGGGCUAUGUUGGUUGAGGUUGAAACUGUUCUUCAGACUCAGGAACCAGUAAUAAAACCAUCUUGGAACACAUUUGCUAGCAGUCUCAGUGGAAUUUGGCAGGGUGUAGGUGCUGUGUUUUCUCCCAUCACAGCUGAAAUGGAGCCAAUGGAAAUAGGUAACAAGAACGAAAACCUAUAUGACUGCUAUACUCUUUCCCGUAUCGAGGCAGUACCAUCACCUUCAGGAGAACGUACAUCUCAAAUCCUGAGAAAGGUUAAUUGGGUGACUUUGAAUCCUUAUGGUGAAAUACCCCAAUAUGUUGAAGGAAACAACAUAGCAAAAGAAGGAUCCAAUGAUGGUAAUGCUCCUACAUUCCGACAGCAAAAAUUCAGGGAAAAUGUAACAAAUCAUGUUUUGCCUACAUUUGAAUCCUUUGACUUUGAAAGAAGUGAUGUGAUGGAAGAAGAUGUCAUGGGCUGUGAACCAGGCCUUGUUUACUUUGAAGACGGGUCUUAUUCUAGGGGUCCUAUGGAUAUUCCAGUGGGUGAAUAUGAUGAUACAGAGUACUAUAUCACACCAACUUUCAAGUUCGAACAAUGUUUGGUUAAAGGCUGCCACAAAAGGAUCCGUAUCGUCCAUACCAUAGAAUUCAUUAAUGGUGGUUCAGACAUUCAGAUAAUGAGAGUUGCUGUGUAUGAAGAAGAAUGGGUCAGUCCUGCUUGUGUAGAUGUCCAGAGUGAUCUUGAGUUUGAUUUAAAACCAUUUUCUCAAAGAAAACGAACGAAACCAUCAGAGCUGACAGGGUCAUGGAAAGUGUUUGAGGUCAGUGCAACUCCAGUGUAUGGCGAGGAAAACCAGGUGGAAGAAAGUGGUGGCACCCCAUAUGUCUACCUUUGUGCAGAAACUCUAAAGAAGAGGAACCUCCCUGAGAGUACCAACUACUUUGGUGAGGAGGAGAAGCUUGACAUGCAGGAUGUGACCAUAUUAUGGCUUCCUGGGGGUGUAACAUGCUUUGUUGACAUUAAUAAGGAUGGCAUUCUUUGUAUUGGAGCUGGUUGGUACUCUGAUGAAGGAAUCAACCUUGUGAUGGAGAGAGAUUAUGGGUUGGAUGGAAAACUUAAAGAGGUGAGAUCGAAAUCUGAGGUAAAGAGGAGGUGGUCUGAUCCAACCAAUGAAUAAUUUUUGGGGAUUUGCAGCUUGUAAAUUGUUUAGUAUGAGAAAUAAAAAUGAACAUUCAAUGAAUGAUCUUUGUAAUUAUGUAUAAUAAUGUUCAAAAGUGGUGUGCAUGUACAUUUUUAUUACCACUUAUCA